UGUGAGGGACCCAUAACAGAGAGAUCAAAAUGCCAAAGAAGAGCAAGGUCAAGCGACGGAGCAGUGAGGAAGAGCAGCUCGCUCCCAAACAGGGCCGAGUGGAGCCCGGCGACCCCCCGGCUCUCCUCUCCCCCCUGAGCUUCCACAGCCCUGCAGACGUGUUCAGCGGCCUCCUGCAGCCUCUAAACUCAGACACCUUCUUUAGGGAGUUCUGGGAGAAGAAGCCACUCCACCUGCAGAGGUCUGACCCCUCCGUCGCCGCCUACCACAGGUCUCUGUUCCAGCUGUCGGACCUGCCGGCUCUGUGCUCUGAGGGUCUUCAGUACUACAGCGACGUUAACGUGGUCCGCUGCGUCAACGGCCAAAAGAAAGAUCUCAACAAGGAGGGGCAUGUCAAGCACAGCGUCCUCAACAAGAACCUGCUCCAGAAUAAGGCCACCAUCCAAUUCCACCAGCCGCAGAGGUUUAAGGACGAACUGUGGAAGAUCCAGGAGAAUCUGGAGUGUUUCUUCGGCACCUUGGUGGGCUCAAAUGUCUACAUCACACCGGAGGAUUCUCAGGGUCUCCCAGCUCACUACGAUGAUGUCGAGGUGUUUAUUCUGCAGCUGGAGGGACAGAAACACUGGCGUCUCUACAGUCCUACUGUUGCCCUGGCAACAGAGUACAGCGUGGAGUCAGAGGACAGGAUCGGCAGCCCCACACAUGACAUCACACUGAAGGAAGGAGAUCUUCUGUACUUCCCCAGAGGAACCAUCCAUCAGGCCAGCACUCCAGCAGGAGUCCAUCACUCCACCCACCUGACCCUCAGCACCUACCAGAGAAUGUCAUGGGGAGAUCUGCUGUUGGAUGUUCUUCCCAGCAUGCUUUCUGAAUCCAGCAGGACUGAUGUCAGCCUGAGAGAGGGCAUGCCCCAAAGAAUCCUGCUGGGCAACAGUGGAAGUGAGGACACCUGCAGGCGGCUGGCGGCUCACCUCAGGUCCCUGGCUGAUGUGAUGGAAACGGGGAAACUUGAAGUUAGAUGCACUCACCUGAAGAGAGACUUCAUCACGAACAGACUGCCUCCAUACAGCGAGCAGCAGAUCGCUCCAUCUGGAAGGAUCCCUGCCAUGGAGGAUGUGGUGUGUUUGAGGUUUAAAGAGCACAUGGUGAUAACAGUGGAGCCCUCCCAGCAGAGAACAGAAGAGGCCACAGAGCAGGUUGUGUUUGUGUUACACUCCCUGAAGAACCAGAGGGAGAGCCACAUGAUGGGUGAGGGUGAUGAAGACGAGGACCGGGAUAUCUCCAGGGGUCUACAGUUCCCUCUGUCCCACCUCCAGGCCCUGCAGCAGCUUCAGAAGGAGGAGCAGGUCCCCGUGGUCCAGCUCCAGCUGCACUCACAGGAGGAAAAACUCAGUCUCGUCCUUGCCCUGUGGUCGGAGUGCCUGCUGGUGGCGCUAUAACCCAGCACUACAUCUAUCUUAUCAUUUUAUUGUCUUUCUUUGACUCUGCGUGUUCUUUACUGACUCCUCCUUAAUAAAGCCGACGCAGAAGUCAGGACAUUCAAAUGGACUACUGCUCUUAUUCCAGAAUACAAACACUGAGAAAGUAAUGAUUUGUUGAUGGAAGUAUGUCUGACUCCACUAGAGGAGGUUGUGAUAUACCACCCUAGCUACGAUUGGACUGGUUCUGGUUGACCUUACCGUCAAGUUAGCAAGUGGCAAACUGGUUGUAUGUUGAAUGGUGAAAUCAUGUACUUUUUUCAUAUUCUUUGCUUUACCCUUGGUACAAAUGCAAUGCACGCUAUCCCUCUAGCUUAUUGUGAAAUCUGAAGGCAGAUGACAACACAACUUCUUUUAUGCUACGCAUUUAUGCUUUUCAACUGAAAUGAUCUAGUAUGAGGAAAUAGAACAAUGAAUAUUUGUUUCUGUUUUGUUAAAAGAUUAAAUUGACCUGAUCUUUGAGAUGUUCCUAGGUUGAUAAAAAAAGCAGUAUUCAAUAGUUUCUUGGUGUUUUGAUUGAAACUUAGGUCACUUUCAAAUGUAACUCCCAAGUUUCUAACUAGGCUUUUAACAUUUGAGAGUAGUGGGCCGAGCAGUGGCUGGAUCUGGUUCCGACUAUUCUCAGGUCCAAUAAGAAGAAUUUCUGUUUUGUAGGACAAUAGUUGUAAAAAGUUUGUGUCAUCCAGUCUUUUACAUCAGUUAUACAGCUUUGAAGUGUAGCUGCUUUAUUGUAUUUAGUGGGUUUUAGAGAUAAAUAUAAUUGGGUGUCAACAGCAUAACAAUGACAUGAAAUGUAGUGAUGACAGAUGAUAUGACAUAAUGCGAAUAUGGCAAAACAGAAUUGGACCAAGAAUUGAUCCUUGUGGUGUGCCACAUGAGGUCUCUGCAGUAUAAAUGACGAAUUAAUCAAAGAGACAUAACAUUUUGUGUUUAAAAGAGAGGAGGAAAACCAGUCAAGGGCAGUACCAGAAAUUCCUACCCCAUCCUGUAGUCUGCUUAAUAAAAUAACAUGAUCAAUGGUGUUGAAAGCUGCGCUAAAGUCAAGCCACACCAGUAUGGAGCAGUACGCAGAGUCGGCUACCUUUCAUAAAUCCUAAGUUAACCAUAGAGAAGUUUCUGUGCUAUGUUGUUUGCAAAACCAGAUUGAAAUUUCUCAAAAGUGCAUAUGUUGAGACAUAAACAAGCAAGAGAAAAUAAACCUGCAACUGUAUUAUCUACAUGUGUUAGUCCGACUUGGACAACUUUGACUUUUAGACGCACUAACCUGUGUACAUGCAUUUAAACAGUCAAGUUUUGAUCGUUUUACUCAAUAAAUCAACUUUAUAACUUUAACUUUUACAACUUUAUAUGUAAAAGUAUUGAGUUUCUAUAAAUAUAAAUCUGAUGUGAGUGCA